ACUAACACUCAUGGCUUCUAUGCCAAGGUUUUGCGUCAAAGAGGCUUUUUUUCAUUUGAUAGUCCCUGUAAGAUAGUAUGACAUCAACAUGAAAUUUUACCUCAAGGUUGUAUAUGUAACAGGGUUAUGUAAAGAAUGUGACUCCAAAAGGAUGCUUCAUAAUGCUCUCACGCAAGGUUGAUGCAAGAGUUCUAGUCUCAAAUUUGUCUGAUGGGUUCAUUGAAAACCCUGAAAAAGAAUUCCCUGUGGGAAAGCUUGUCACUGGAAAGGUGGUAUCAGUUGAACCAUUAUCUGGGCGAGUUGAAGUUACUCUGAAAACAUCAAGAUCAGUUGCAUCCCAAAAGUUCGACAUUGAUGCUUUCAGGAACAUCACUGUUGGAACCAUUAUUUCGGGGAGAAUUAAGCGUGUUGAACCUUAUGGGCUGUUUAUUUCAAUUGAUCACUCAAAUCUGGGUUUUUUCUUCUUUAUCCAAAUCUACGAAAUUCAGAUCUAGGCUACCUAUGAGCCCUUUUGACAUCUAAGUAUAUUUUGGAUAAACUAAAGUAGGAGAAAAUGUAUGCAUCACACCUCUAAAACUAUUGCUCAACAAAACAAAAUAACCACACAAACUCAUCAAAAGUUAGGGCGUGAGCACAACAAAUGUGUACAACAAUCACCAAACUUAUGUGAUUGGAAAGGUGGCCACAAUGACACACUCAUCAAACCUGUGGUUUUCAAUCACAUUGGCCAAACUCACAAAUAUAUUGGCCUCAGGGCA